GCGGAGGUUUCCGAAGAGGAAGGAGCCGCCGCCAUUUUGGGAGCUUCGAGUCAACAAUAAAGGACUGAGGGUGCCGAGCGGGAGUGGCCUCGGUGAUUGAAGUGAGUGAAUUCGGCUAUAACUCAACUUUGAUAGAGGGCUUUUUAAAAAUAAAAAGUUGAUUCAGUGCAUGAGAGCAAGUUACUGCUGCUUACCGUUCAGAGACUUACAGGUGCUUGCCUGCAUUGCAAUAAAGGACUCAUAUAUUGAGCAAGACUUAUAUUUAUCUCUUCGUUUUGGAGAGCCUAAUAAACUGUUAUUACAGUGUCUCUACUGACUUUCAAAAGUUUUGAGGUUUGAAAGAGACAUCUUUACAAUUAACACAGCAUGAGCACGGCCAGAACAGAGAACCCUGUUAUAAUGGGUCUGUCCAGUCAAAAUGGUCAGCUGAGGGGCCCUGUGAAGCCCAGUGGUGGCCCCGGAGGAGGGGGAACACAGACACAGCAACAGAUGAACCAGCUGAAAAACACCAACACAGUCAAUAAUGGCACUCAACAGCAAGCACAGAGUUUGACCACCACUAUUAAACCUGGUGAUGACUGGAAAAAGACUUUAAAACUCCCUCCAAAGGAUCUAAGAAUCAAAACUUCGGAUGUGACCUCCACAAAAGGAAAUGAGUUUGAAGAUUACUGUUUGAAACGGGAGUUACUGAUGGGAAUUUUUGAAAUGGGCUGGGAAAAGCCAUCUCCUAUUCAGGAGGAGAGCAUUCCCAUUGCUUUAUCUGGUAGGGAUAUCUUAGCUAGAGCAAAAAAUGGAACAGGCAAGAGCGGUGCCUACCUCAUUCCCUUACUUGAACGGCUAGACCUGAAGAAGGACAAUAUACAAGCAAUGGUGAUUGUUCCCACUAGAGAACUUGCUCUACAGGUCAGUCAAAUUUGCAUCCAGGUCAGCAAACACAUGGGAGGGGCCAAAGUGAUGGCAACUACAGGAGGAACCAAUUUACGGGAUGACAUAAUGAGGCUUGAUGACACAGUGCAUGUGGUGAUAGCUACCCCUGGGAGAAUCUUGGAUCUUAUCAAGAAAGGAGUAGCCAAGGUUGAUCACGUCCAGAUGAUAGUAUUGGAUGAGGCUGAUAAGUUGCUGUCACAGGAUUUUGUACAGAUAAUGGAGGACAUUAUUCUCACGCUACCUAAAAACAGGCAGAUUUUACUCUAUUCUGCUACUUUCCCUCUUAGUGUACAGAAGUUCAUGAAUUCCCAUUUGCAAAAACCCUAUGAGAUUAACCUGAUGGAGGAACUAACUCUGAAGGGAGUAACCCAGUACUACGCAUAUGUGACUGAGCGCCAAAAAGUACACUGCCUCAACACACUUUUCUCCAGGCUUCAGAUAAACCAGUCGAUCAUUUUCUGCAACUCCUCUCAGAGAGUUGAAUUGCUGGCCAAGAAGAUUUCCCAGCUGGGUUACUCUUGCUUCUACAUCCACGCUAAGAUGAGGCAGGAGCAUCGAAAUCGUGUAUUUCAUGAUUUCCGAAACGGCUUAUGCCGAAAUCUUGUUUGCACUGAUCUGUUUACCCGAGGUAUUGAUAUACAAGCUGUGAAUGUGGUGAUAAACUUUGACUUCCCAAAGCUGGCAGAGACCUAUCUCCAUCGUAUUGGAAGAUCAGGUCGCUUUGGUCACCUUGGCUUAGCCAUCAACUUGAUCACGUAUGAUGAUCGCUUCAACCUGAAAAGUAUUGAGGAGCAGCUGGGGACAGAAAUUAAACCUAUCCCAAGCAACAUAGAUAAGAGCCUGUACGUGGCAGAAUACCACAGCGAGCCUGCAGAAGAUGAGAAAGCUUAACAGGCAUGUGCGUACCUGACGGAAUAUCCAAGUGUUGACAAACUGUAGAAGGCCCGUUCAGAUCUGUGACAACGUCAUUUUGGGGGGGAAUGCUCUUCUCUUGUGGGUUUUCCAUCUUCUUUUAUUUUGGAACUAUGAAGACUUCAAAAGAGCUCAGACUUUUUUUUUUUUUUUUUUGCGCCUUUUGUUUAACUGGCGAAGAGAACAGCGCCGAACAGAAGGGAUGCGCCUUUUUGUUCCGUUUGUUUGCACUGUGUGCCGGCUGAGCAUUAGCUGCACUAACUGCUAGUUUAAAAAAAAAUUUUUGGGCGGGGAGGGGUACAAGGAAGGAGGAGAAAGAAGAGAAGGGGAGAAACCCUAAAAAGAGAAGCAUCUUGACGAACACACAAGCUUGUCUACAAUUUCAGAGUUCUCCAACAGCUGACUUCCUAGUGCAUUUCAACUUCUCCCUGAUUACUCAUCCGUUUUUUAAGCCUGAAGAGCUUGUUACUUAUUUGUGCAAAGUGCCUUAUGCUAUGAGACCAUUCAGAAUAUCAUCUUUCAGACACAGCCCAAGGAAUCAACAAUAGUAAUUCUUUCUUUCCUUUUUUUUUUUUUUUUAAAUUUUUGUCUUUUCGUUUUGGUUUCAAGUUGAAGUCUCUCUCUUCCCUUUCUACAUGAGCACUCAAGCCCAGGGCUGGAAGAUGAAACGUACUAGUAAUGUUUAAACACCUUUUCUUUUUCUUUAUGUUGGAGGAGUUGAUAUGCAGCUGCAGAUCACCCGCACUGUAAAUACAUGUAUUUAAAAAAAAAAAACCCCAAGUAAAAAUUUCUUCUGGGC